GGCUGAGUAACUUGAGUGAAAGUGAAUUUAGUCAGAAAACCAGGUUGUCCGAGUCAACUUCAGUCAAGGUGAUAUUUAAGAAAAAGCAGUGCUGGUAUAUGUACGCGGUUAAGUGAGAUCAUCCACUGCUGAAUUGCAGAUGACUCUUACUUAGCCGCCACAUAGCCAUGUUGAUGAAGAGUUCAAUAUCAACGAAAGAGCUGAUUGACGUUUGUUGACGACCGUUCCUCAACACCUUCAAAUUCAACAACAUCAAACAACACCAUACAAUGUCUCCUCCAUUACGCGACCCAACAUCUGACUCCGAAGAUGAUGACCCAGACUACGCGCCUCCUGAACACCAAGACUCGGAUAGCUCUGGAGAUGAAGAAGGAAAUGACGAUACGAAUGUGACGAAUGAAGUGAAAGAGGAAGAUCUAGGCGAAAAGAAAAAAGCGCGCGAUGCUUUAUGGGCCAGUUUCCAGGCGUCUGUCGCUACGCCACCGCCCCCGAAAGUCGAGGAGCCACCAAAGAAGCUCGUGAAGCUCGAGAAACGUUACCUUUUUGCAGGGAAGAAUAUCGUAGAAGUGGUUGAAGUCCCUGAGGACUCGGAGGAAGCAAAGAAGUGGCCGCGAUGGGAUCCAUCAGCGUUGCCGUCAGCUGCUGCACCAGCUCCUGAUUCUUCGUCUUCAACAGCCGAUGUGAACGCAUCGGCAUCGAGUUCAGCAGAUCCGAUACAACCUACAGCACAGAAAUCUGCCACAAGAAAACCUCCAGGUCCUCGCAAGCCUCGCACGUCGUUGGCGGAUAUACCGACUCAGAAGGCCAAGAAGAUUACUACUCUGGAUAAAUCUGCAAUGGACUGGCGCACGCAUGUCACAUCGAGUGAUGUUAAGGACGAGCUUGACGCUAACAGACGCGGAGGUGGCUACUUAGAAAAGAUGGACUUUUUGAAAAGAGUUCAGGACAGGAAAGAAGAUGCGUAUGAAGCGAGCAAGUCAAAUAAAAGGAGAAGAACCUGAUGUAUGAGGAAAAGUUGUUAUUGGAGUCGAGUGGUGUGUAGGAUAAUACAUGUUUUACUGUACCAAUACAGGAACACCAAGAGUGGUCAUAAGUACCUAGCCACGUA